AUGGAGGACUUUAUGAGGCAUAAGCCCUCAAAAUUCAUGGGCAAAUCCACUCUAGAUGAGGCCGAUGCUUGGCUCAGAGAGUGUGAGAAAAUCUGCAGAGUGAUCGAUUGCACAGAUGCUCAAAAGCUCACAUUUGUCUCAUUCCAGCAGUUGACGCAGAAUACUGGUGGGCAGGCAUGCAACAGCUCAUGCAGACCCGGGGCGAGGAGGUUCUACUCGCCCACCGUCACCGAGGAGUGGAGAUGCAGAAAAUAUGAGGGGGGGCUGAAACACGAGCUGCGCCGUUUCAUUGUACCUCUCAGGAUCAGGGAGUUUCCAGUCUUGGUGGAGCAGGCCAAGGCCAUUGAGCAGCUGGAGAUAGGGCCCAACAGAGGGGCUCGACCUCAGAAGAAUACCUCUGAUUCACGGCAGCAGAAAAAGUCGUAUGAUAGGCCACAGAGUUCGGUCAAGAAACUACAAUGCUACAACUAUGGUGGGGAGCAUCUUAGGAGGGAUUGUCCAAAACCCUCAGGCAGCUCUAGUGGUGGUAGUAGUACUGGCAAGUGCUACGUUUGUGACCAGACGGGCCAUUUUGCACGUAACUGCCCGAAUAAGAAACCAACUAGAGGUGCACCAGCGAAGAAACCAGUUAGGGAUCAACCUAGAGCCCCAGGUCGUUUGUUCGCCUUGACGACUACCGAGGCAGCCAAGUUAGGUAACUUAGUACAGACUACUUGUUUGUUGUUUGAUCACAAGGUUGUUGUGUUGUAUGACUCAGGAGCUACCCAUUCAUUCGUAUCUAAUGAAUGUGUGAGGAGGCUCGGUCUAGUGAUGCGAGAGCUGGCGUGCGAGUUAAUAGUUGUGACACCAGCGCCGUGA